AUGACUCUUACCGAAAUUAUUACUAGAUCGCCUAUAUUCACCAAAUGGUCAGUGGUACUUACUAUUAGUUUAUUGCUGAGAUUAAUCUUUUUCCUAUAUGGAAUAUAUCAAGAUACAUACUUUCAAGUUAAAUACACAGAUAUAGAUUAUUAUGUUUUCCAUGACGCAAGCCGCUACGUUUAUAAUGGAAAUCAAUCACCAUAUCUAAGAGAUACAUACAGAUAUACCCCCUUAUUGAGUUGGCUGCUAUUGCCAAACCACAUUUUCCAAUGGAUUCAUAUGGGCAAGUUUAUUUUUCUUAUAUUCGAUCUAUUAACCGGUGUGUUUAUACAUUCUAUCUUAACAAACACAAACAAAAGUAUUAGAAAGCAAAAUUUUUUAUGGAGUACUCUUUGGUUGUAUAAUCCCAUGGUUAUAACAAUAUCUACUCGAGGUAAUGCAGAAAGUGUAUUAUGUUUUAUUAUAAUGCUGUGUUUUUACUUAUUACAAAAACAACAUUAUAUACUGGGUGGAAUUGCAUACGGGUUAAGCAUUCACUUCAAAAUCUAUCCUAUAAUAUAUUGCAUACCUAUGUUCUAUUACUACGGCUUUAUUACCAAAAAUUUUAAAAUUAGCAAAAGAAUAUUGAUAUUGUUCAAGAUUGCUAUAAGCUCUAUAUCUACCAUAUUAGCAUUGAAUUAUUUGAUGUACAAAAUAUAUGGAUAUGAAUUUAUCUAUCACUCUUAUUUGUACCAUUUAAUUAGAACUGAUCAUAGACAUAACUUUUCCAUAUGGAAUUUAUUGUUGUAUUUAGAAUCUUCAAUGUCAAGCAACAAUAUAAGUAAUGGAUAUUAUAAGUUUUUACCUCAAUUGAUCAUAUCUUUUGUUGCCAUUCCUACCUUAAUUUUAUCAUCUAUUCAUGAUUUUAUCGGGCUUUUAAACGUUUUAUUUAUCCAAACUUAUGCGUUUGUUAUUUUCAAUAAGGUAAUCACUUCGCAAUACUUUAUAUGGUAUUUAUUGUUUUUACCACUAUAUUUAUCCAAUAUUAAUGAUAACAACAAUAACAAUGGACGAGGUAAGGCAAAAGUUUUACAUAUUUUUAAAAUUUUACUUAUAUGGGUAUCUACGCAAGCUAUUUGGCUGUAUUUUGCGUAUUAUUUAGAAUUUCAAGGCUUAAAUUGUUUUUAUCCCUGGCUAUUUAUUGGCCAUCUGUGGUUUUUCAUCGGAAAUGUUUAUAUUUUGGGUAAAUUAAUUGAUGGAUUGAUUAUAAGUGAAUUAAAUUAUUCCAUUUGUUGCGCAAAUAUUGAUGAGAAUAAAAAAACCCAAUAG